AAAUCAGCCAGUCAAGGCCCUAGCUCCCAUGGUUCCAUCCCGAUAGAGCCUCAAGUGCAUGCCUCGCAACAUGCUUACGAACUUACAGACUUCCAUCGUCCUCCAGCCGAAAAACUAAACUUUGUCAAAGAAGAUGUAGAGGUUGGUAUCAACAAUGCGGACAAGGACCAGUCUGGCGCCACCACGCCUAGAGCACCUUCGUUAGCAUACGAACAGGAUGAAGGUGCUCAGCCUUCGGCAUCGCAGAGAGCUCGGUUUAGGAAGUAUGGAAGGAUUCACAUGGUGGCCUUGGCUUGGUGUUUCUACCUGAACGGUUGGAACGAUGGAACCAUUGGGCCACUGCUGCCUCGAAUUCAGGAGUACUACAACAUUGGUUUCGUGGUGGUGUCCAUGAUCUUCGUCGUGAACUGCUUUGGUUUCAUUUUCGGUGCCACAGCAAACGUCUAUCUGAGCGACAAGCUUGGAUUUGGCAAGGUCAUGGUCCUAGGUGCCGUUGCCCAAGCUAUCACCUACGCCAUGCAAAUUCCGGAAGGCCCAUUUGCCGUAAGGGUCGUCGCCUACUUCCUCGCAGGAUUUGGUGUCGCCAUUCAGAAUGCUGGUAUGAAUGGUUAUGCUGGGAGUCUGAAGAAAAACACGGCGAAAAAGCUCGGGCUUCUGCAUGGAUCUUAUGGUAUCGGCGCUUUCACAGCUCCUCUCGCUUCUACUUAUUUCUCAACCGCGACCCACUGGUCCUACCACUUUAUCAUCUCUCUGGGAUUCGCCAUCUUGAAUAUUCUUGUGUUGGUGGCCGUCUUCCGGGGCAGACUACUCGAUGAGGUGUUGGUCGAGGAAGGCGAGGAACCCGGGGAGGUCCAGGUGGUCCAAGCUGGAGUCGCCCGCGAAAGCAAGUUCAAGCAGAUCUUCACGUCCAGGAUCGUCCAUUAUAUGGCCAUGUUCAGUAUCAUCUACAUUGGGGUAGAGGUCACCGUGGGAGGUUGGAUUGUCACGUUCAUCAUCCGCGAGCGUCAGGGUGGACCAAAUGCCGGCUACAUUUCCUCUGGAUUCUUUGGAGGCUUGGCGGCUGGAAGAUUGGGCCUAGUCUGGAUCAACCAGAAGAUUGGGGAACGCCGCGCUCUCUUCAUCUACUCAGUCAUCUGUAUCGCACUCGAAGCAACUGUGUGGGCCGUUCCUUCUUUGAUAGAAAACGCCGUAGCGGUCUCCUUAAUCGGUGUGCUCUUGGGCCCCAUGUAUCCCAUCCUUGUAAACUACGCCAAGGACGUCCUCCCGCGCUGGUUGCUCACAGGCUCUUUGGGAUGGAUUGUGGGCAUUGGGCAGGCUGGUAGUGCGGCGUUGCCCUUCGUUACAGGUUUGUUGGCGGCGAAGUAUGGAAUAGUCUCGCUGCAGCCGUUGUUGAUAUCUAUGAUGAUCCUGAUGGUGGGGUUGUGGGCUUUGAUUCCGAAGGCCCAGAGGAGGGUAGACUGAGAGGGGUCUUCUUACAUUUUGCGUAUAGAAUAUA